AUGUUACAAAAGAACACAGGAUAGUAUCUUCUCAAAGAAUUGUUGAUCUUUUUGGCUCUCCUUUUAGGAUUGUAUUAAUCUCAAGGAAUCGAUUCAAUUUUGCCAAUCACCUUAAAUUCGACAAUUGUUUUAAUCUACACGUACUUUAAAUACAAGAAGAGUACUCACAUUAGGUAGAUCUGGAUAAUAAAGAUUGUGUUCAUUCUAAUUCAAAUUUCAAUAAAUAUUGAAAUGUGCUAAUUUUGCAUGAUAAUUGUGCAUUUGAUUGAGGAUGAUAUCAUCCAAACAUUCAUUUUGAGCACAGUGUUUCUGAUCAAUCUAAUUUAGGAAUAGGAGAAUAAUUAUGUGACAGAAAUUCCUUUCAAUUUAUUAUAUUUCUCUAAUGUUCUAUUUUUGUUUUGUUUUAUGUUUCUGAAGUGGAAAUCAGUUAAAUCCGAAGAUGAAUUGGUAGAUCACACGUUCAAGAUGAAAUCGUUGGAAUGUAAGUAUUUGGUUAUAAUGUGCUAUUUAGUAAAGGAGUCAAUUAAAAAUAGGGAUUUGAUAAGCAAAUCAAAUUAACAAUAAUCAGUGAGCUAAGAGAUAAAUGCUAUAAAAAUGGAAUGCAAUGAUGAUGAACUGGUAUUAUAGAAUGUGGCUUGGAUUCAAAACUAGUCUGCUUUAGUUUAUAACAAAAAGCUAAACAUAGUUUAUUAGAAUUUAUUUUUAGGAAAAUUACUUAGACAAUCGAAUUUAGAUGAAUAAUAAACACAAUAACAAUCAAAGCCAGACUACGAAGAGUUGUUCCUUGAUUGUCAGAUUUUGGUUGGGAGUAAGGAGUUGAUGGAAAUCAAUAGCAACAACAAUGAUUAAUCUAUGAAUAGUGAGUAAUCAAAUACAUUAAUAAUUUCAAGUGGUUCCUUUUUGCUAAACAGAGUGAAUGAUUAUCAUAAAUGCCGGAUGAAGUCGAAUCUGACCAUCAGAGAUCUGAGUAUUUUGAUGCAAAACGAGAUCGAUAAAUGGCGGCCAAGCAUGGUGACGUUGUUUAAAUUGAGAAGCGAUGUGUUCGAUUUUGAGAAUAUCCAAAUUAAGGCUUUUGUGAAUAAGGUCAAUGAAUCCUCCUUUCUAAUCUUCCUUUUUGAACAGUAGCCUCCUCAACAAAAGAAGUAUGACAACACUUAACCGAUCAUCAACAUCUUUUCAACUUUUGUGCAUGAAUCUGUAAGUUAUAUUAAUUGUAUAUUAACUCUAAUUUUGCUCACUCAACACGAGCAUGAGAACACUCUCAAAAUCUCACUCAAGCAUCAUUAUUAUAUGCCUAUGAGGAUGAUGAGUUUGAGACACAUUCUAUUCGUUAACAGUAUGAGGGAUUAUAUCUUUUUUAUAUCAAAUUAGUUGUUUUUGAGAAUCUCAGCAUUCAAACUAAACGACUUGAUCGAGGAAUUGUUGCUUAUUUAUGAUGAUAACUUAAAAAUCAGAGAUGUGAGUUUGACAACAUCCAUAGAUUUGAGUGAUAACAAUCAGGUGAUCUUCAGUGAUUUAGAUAGGUUGAAAUAAAUCUUAGCAUGUUUAUUGACCUAUUGUUUAAAAUACACCUCUGCGUCACAAUUAAAACUAGAUAUCAAAAGUUAUACUGUCAGUGGUAUUAUGGUAUCUUUUAAAGACAGCAUGAUAGCCAGAGAUGAUAAUACAAGAAAAGCCAUAUCUAAUUUGGUUAGACAUCUCAAUUCAACUCUCAAAUUGAAUUCAUUUUAUGAUGUUGAUCUUAACAACCCAUUGGAACUAUAGAUUUGUGUGAUUUUAUGUUGGUAAUUGUCGGGUACAUUCAAAAGAGGUCUAGAAUUUUUGUAUGAUAGUUAGGGAUAUGGCACUUUUACUUUUGUAAUAGAAUCCUAAACAAAUUAAACAAGAAUGCAAUCUCGUCAAGACACAGGUCCCAUCAAGAUAUUAGGUUAAAGGAAAUACUAUGAAACAUCACUAUCUAUGUUAUUGGCUUAAGACAGCAGUGGUUACAGAGAUGAAUCAAAAUAUUUUUCUUUGACUUAGUUGUCAAAACAAUUUUCAAUGAAAUUAGGAGAUCCAUUUGAUGUGUAGAGUGCUUAUUUCUCAUAGAUUUCAAGAAUUAAAUAGGAUUCUUCGAAUUCAAAAUAGGUUUAAAAUUCUGGAUCAGUUCCUCGACAAUCGAAGGAAUAGAGCAACAGCUUUUCUGGCACUUGGAAACAAGGGUUCCCUGAUAUCAUUCAGUAACCUUACAAGAAGACCAGAAAUGAGAGAAGUGAUUCCUAACAUGAUUCCAUGAAAACACAUUCUAAUUUCGAUUUUGGAGCUGAUUAGAGUAAUCCAUCCAUUCACCCUCCUGAAUUGACUCCGAAAUUACUAUCGUCAGUAAUUAAAUUCAGAUUAAGACUAACUUGUUGUGCCAAAGUUUUAAUUGUGGAUAAUGAUCAUUAUAGCGUUUUUUCUUUGUAGAAAGUCUUGGAAAAGUACAACAUUAAAUGCGAUAAGGCCUUCAAUGGUAUCGAUGCUCAAAAGUUGAUAGAAAAUAAACAAGUCAAGCCUUGUCAUUGUGGAAACAAGUCUUAUCUGUUAUUUUUUAUUGAGUUUUACUUGCCAAUCUUGUCGGGGAUAGAGUUAGUGCGAUCUCUGAAGGAGCAAAUGAGAAGUAGCUUGAUAGAUAAGGGCUAUGUGAUAAUAAUAGCUACGUUUGUGGAUUUGAAUCAGAAGUUGGAAUGCUUUAAAAAUGGAGCAGAUUAUUUUAUUGCCAAGCCAUUCGACUUGUUGGAUAUCGGGGCAGCAGUUUAAUAUUUAGAUUUUUGA